AUGACAGUCGUCAAAACAAACCAGAGCCUCUCGAGCGAGUCUCAACGGCUUUGGUGGAAAGAAGCUACGAUUUACCAGAUCUACCCGGCGUCUUUCCGAGACAGCAAUGGCGAUGGUCUCGGUGAUAUCCCUGGCGUAAUCGAAAAGCUGGAUUACCUUCAGAGUCUGGGGGUUGACGCUGUGUGGCUUUGUCCCAUCUUCGCCUCACCCCAGAUCGACAUGGGGUACGAUAUUUCAGACUACCGCGCCAUUCACCCGCCCUACGGAACUGUCGAGGACGUUGAGAAGCUCAUCGCCGGCUUACAUGACCGCAACAUGAAGCUCAUCCUCGACCUCGUCGUCAACCACUCAUCUGAUCAGCAUGAAUGGUUUCAAAAGUCAAAGUCGUCGGUGGACAACCCCUGGAGGGAUUGGUACAUCUGGCGAAAGCCUCGAUACGAUGCUGCUGGCAACAGGCAACCCCCCAACAACUGGGCAGCCGCCUUUGGAGGCAGCGCUUGGUCUUACGAUGAGACGACGGACGAGUACUAUCUGCAUUUGUUCGCUCCCCAGCAGCCGGACCUGAACUGGGACAACCCCUCGGUCGUCAGCGAAGUGCACGAAAUCAUGGACUUUUGGCUGAAGAAAGGCGCCGAUGGCUUUCGCAUGGACGUCAUCAACUUCAUCUCCAAGGAGCCCGGUCUGCCAGAUGCCCCCGUCACCCGACCUGAGCAGCCGUACCAGGAUGCAACGGCGCUGUUCUGCAACGGCCCGAGGCUCCACGAGCAUCUUCGAGGGCUGAGGACGCUUCUGGAUAAGUACAAUGCCUUCAGCGUCGGUGAGAUGCCUGGCGUCAAGGAUGACGAUCAGGUCGGCAAGAUCGUCGCAUCGGACCGCAAGGAGCUCCACACCAUCUUCCAGUUUGACAUCGUCGACAUGGACAUUGGAUCUGGUGGCAAGUUUUCCCGCCACGACUGGACUUUGCCGGAUUUCAAGGCCAUCAUCAACAGGUGGCAGACAUUUGCCCGAAGGGUAGGUGGCUGGAACGCCAUGUUCCUGGAAAACCACGAUCAGGCUCGCUCAGUAUCCCGCUUCACACGUCACCGGCUUGAGCACAGAGAGUUGGCGGCAAAGAUGCUGGCAACAUUGCUGUGCACGCUCGGAGGUACCCUGUUCGUCUACCAGGGGCAAGAGCUCGGUAUGGGAAGCCUGCCCAAGACCUGGGGAAUCGAAGAGUACAAAGACAUUGAGACGCAGAAUGCGUACCGAGAAGCUAUCGAAAGGCUGGCUGGUGACGAGAAGGGAAUUCAAGAACUGUGGACAGAGAUCCAUCUGAAGGCUAGAGACCAUGCUCGUUCUCCCGUCCAGUGGACCGCUUCGGAGAAUGCAGGCUUCUCGACUGGCACGCCAUGGAUGAGAGUAAACGAUGAUUACACUCAAUGGAACGCCAAGGCAGAGGAGAGCAACGCGAACAGCGUGCUUCAUCACUGGCGUGCCGGGUUGAAAAUUCGCAAGCAGCACCGGGACCUUCUUGUUUACGGUGCUUUCGAGAUGCAUGACCCUGAGAACCUGUCUGUGCUGAGCUACACUCGGACCGCUGACAAGGGUGAGGAUCAGGCCUUGGUCGUGCUCAACUUCACAGAUGAGCCUUGCACCUGGACUGUACCUGCUGAGAAGAGAAGUCUUCUUGUGGAGGAGAACGUGGUUCUAUCGACAUAUGGGACUCGGGCGGCAUCGGGCUUCUCUCUCGGCUCCGAUGGGCAGCUGGAAUUGCGCCCAUUCGAGGCACUUGCUUUUGUUGGAGCCUAG